GACAUAUUCGGGCUGUGAUGGGCCACCUUAUGUCAUGACAAGUCGAUUAAUUGAGGCAGAUAAAUAUGAAUUUGAUUGGAUCACGUUGCUGCCAGGCUUGGGACAUUUGAAUAUGAACCAGGUAAAAGGAUACUUUAAGGUUCUUGACAACAUAUGUUUAGAGCCCCUGGGCCGAGAUAUCCUAAAUUUCAAAUCUCCAAAGGCAUAUUCAUUCUUCAAAGACUGUAAAGACAACCACAAAGCAUGGGAAGCUUUUGAGGUUUUUUUACAUGGAACUAUGUUAGAACAGUUUACAAAUACUCUCAAGAAAGCGAUAAUGUUAGUGCUAUGGGUUUCAUGCAAUGGCAACACAAAAUAAAUGCACCAACAGUUAAACUUAUAUUGCAGCUUGUUUUAACAUACGGUUUGGGGAUUUAUACACAGAGAGUAGGGGACCGUAAUAAUGAUAUCAUUAUCAGUGAUGCUGGUCGAUAUUCGUUUGAUGACUGGUUCUUUGGCUUUAAUCAUCCGUAUUACCGAGAAAUCGAAUACAGGGAUUUGCAAAA